GCUGUGUGUUGCAUGUCGUUUAUGUUGGACUCGAAGACUAUUAUUUUUGCCGUUGUGGAUCUUCUGACCUCAAGUUUCCCCCCGAUUGCAAGCGACGUGCCUCCACCCACAAACUAAAGGUCAUGUCACCACAGGACAUGAUUAAUUCUCUCAUGAUACCCGCAUGUGUCUCUCCUCUUCUUUCCCACAUUUUCAAAACUAUUUUACUUUCAGUUUGCACUAGUUAUAAAUUGUAGUCUAUCUGCUCCUCAGUUUUUUUUUUUUUUUCAUUUUUAAAUUGGCUCUAAAAUAGAGUUUAACAGAUUCCAAAGUAAAAUGACAAUUCACUUUCAUUUCCUCUUUUUCUGGUUUCCUGUCUUGCAACUGUCAGUAGGUUCUGAGGAUUUACACACAAAUAUUAUUUCAAGCAGCAGUAUCAGGAACAAACAGAAAUGGAGAGACGAGGGACUUAAAACGGCAUCAUCAGUUUGUGUGACUGCGAGUCUUCUGAGACGCUAUGUAAUGUGAUUUUAACUCGCUAACAUGCUGCAAUUGGUGCUUCAUCCGCGCGAACAAGCUAAUGGCACACCUUAGAAUGACAUCUCAUUUUCUGUUGCCGUCACGUUUCUGACCGGAACAACAAGAAGAUGCCGCUGGGUGACGACUGCCAUAGCUGGAAGAAGAAGACAACGGACGUGAAGGAGCAUUAUGACUUCAAAGAUAUCCUCGGAACGGGAGCCUUCUCUGAGGUGGUCCUGGCAGAGGAGAAGAGGACCCAAAGGUUGGUGGCCAUCAAGUGCAUCCCCAAGAAGGCGUUGGAAGGCAAAGAAAACAGCAUUGAGAAUGAGAUUGCAGUGCUGCACAAGAUUAAACAUGCCAACAUUGUGACUCUGGAAGAAAUAUUUGAAAGUAAAUCGCACCUCUACCUUGUCAUGCAACUGGUGUCUGGUGGGGAAUUAUUUGACCGCAUCAUAGAGAAGGGCUUCUACACAGAGAAAGAUGCCAGUAAACUCAUUCAGCAGAUUCUGGAUGCUGUCAAAUAUCUCCAUGACAUGGGAAUCGUGCACCGAGACCUCAAGCCGGAGAAUCUGCUCUACUACAGCAUGGAGGAAGACUCCAAAAUCAUGAUCAGCGACUUUGGUCUGUCGAAAAUCGAGGGUUCUGGUAGUGUGAUGGCCACAGCCUGUGGAACACCCGGAUAUGUCGCCCCUGAGGUUCUGGCCCAGAAACCCUACAGUAAAGCAGUAGACUGCUGGUCCAUUGGAGUCAUAGCCUACAUUCUGCUGUGCGGUUACCCUCCGUUCUACGACGAGAACGACGCCAAACUGUUUGAGCAGAUCCAGAAAGCGGAAUACGAGUUUGAUUCGCCGUACUGGGACGACAUCUCAGAUUCAGCUAAAGAUUUCAUAGUCCACCUGAUGGAGAAAGACUCCAGCACACGUUACACCUGCGAGCAGGCCCUGCAGCACCCUUGGAUUGCCGGAGAUACCGCUCUCGACAAGAACAUCCAUGAGUCUGUCAGUGCGCAGAUCAAGAAGAACUUUGCCAAAAGUAAAUGGAGGCAAGCAUUCAACGCUACAGCGGUGGUCCGCCACAUGAGGCGUCUUCAACUGGGCACCAACCAUGAAGGACCCAACCAAGCCACCCUGACGAGUCCGUGCCGAGCGCACCUUCUGCUCCCAGGGGAGGACACUCAAAAUGCAGAAUCUUGCGGGGAGACGGGAUGCUCCCAGGCACUGGACGGGGACGGCAUGGACCCUCUGUCCAGCUGUACUUACCGCUGCCAUCCGACCAGCCGGGUGUGAUCCCCGUGCCGCUUCACUGCCUCGUCGACCCCAGUGAUUUUUUUCCAUUUUUAAACCCCCUCGGUGAAACCAGAGGUUGCGACUCUCUCACACCCUCCUCAUGUCUGGUUAGGAAUGAGGCGUCAUUACGACCUCUCGCCUGCAGGGGGAGCAAGUAUGUCCAGUCUGGGAAGGAAGGAGAUUGAGAAAAUCGGGAAGCGGUGAUUGAUGAUUAUGAUGACUAGUUGGGCAGACUGGACAGGUAGUUGGUGCUCAGACAAUUCAGAGUAGAGGGGGAGGAGUUUUUCUUUCCAAAACAGGACAGAGCUGAGACUAUUAUUUGGACACAGCCUGUGCUUGCUGUUGUUGCUAUUUGUUUUGUGCUAUUUGUGCAUGAUCAGAAAAGAAAUCCCUCGAGCAUGUUUUAUCUUUCGCUUGUCGUCGAGGACGGGGGUGCCAUAAGCAAAAGCCUUUCCGAGAUCUUUUUGCAGUCUUUUGAAUGUAACGGGAUAUAGUACUGCAAAGUCAGCACAGAUCUGUCUACUAUAAAGAGACCAUUUUAGACAAUCUGUGAUCUUUAUGCAAAACUCCAAUCCGUUCCUACGUAGCCUUUUAUGAGAUGGUAUAUACAAUAUCUGGUGUUUCCGUGCGGCUGCGACAAAGGCUUCCCCUUUGGUUUCUUUCAACCUCUUGAACCACUUGAAGACAGGGAUCUUAUCUUUGUCUAUGGUGCCUUUAGGGUUUACAGUUUGAUGGAUUUAUUUUGGGUGGGAGCUUCUCAAGUGUGUCUAUCUGCACAGUCUUUAUGUUUUAUAUUUAUCGCAUUUGUAGCUUUACAAUGUUUUGUUCCCCUCGAGGUUAGCUGUGGUUAUGAUCUUUUUAUCAUAUUGUUUUUAAUCCAGGCAAAUUGUAAUCAGAGUUGAUAUUAUACAAGCCUGAAGAUAAAGAAGUAUCUUCAAUGUGUACUGUAAUCAUGUUAUUUUACAAGCAGACUAAGAACUACAUUAAAGAAUGUCAAUGCGUCAUUAUUUAUUUCAUUUCCUCACCACUCUCUUGUGUUGUAGACAACCCUGUCAUGUAAUCUCCAAGAAAUUCAAAUGCACCCCAAAAACAUACAUAUGUGCAAAACUGUUGUGAGUAUAUUUGCCAUGAGCUGAGCGCUAAAGAGAACUAAGCGAGAUGAAAAGAAAACAUAACGGUGUUGCUUCUAAAUGAAAAUGUUAAAGCUUUAUUCAGCAUUUCGUCAGCUAAGGUAAUGUGGUUGUGUUUUUGGACAGUAACUGUAAAAUGUAAGCUGUAUUUUACAGUGUUUCCAAAAGUGAAUUGUUUUGCUUCUGUAGCUUUCAAAAGUACUCCAAUUGGGGAUGGAUAGUGAACUUAACAGAAUUCCUGUUGUCAUGCCAGUGUUUUAUUGUGCAUGUUGUCAAAAUUAUAAAGAGUUAAUUAAUCUACUGAUUAUUAUGACAUAAUCAGAACCCCCCUCCAGAAAUCUAUUUUAUGGUGUCCCCUUUUUGAAAAGUGGGCCAAAACUCCAAAAAAGGAAAUAAAAUUGAACAUUCCUGCUCAAUGAAGCAAUUGAUGAUGACAUGCAUUACCAUGUAGCCAUGACCUCACCACUAAACUUGCUGUGGUAGGAUUUUUUAUUUUUCUUUGUACUGGGGGGUUGCAGACAACACAACUAUAUCUGCUUUCAAUUACAGCAUUAGAAAUGCUCUUCACCGGGAUAAAGGUAAAAUAUUAAUGUGAAUGUUUAUCAUUGAAAUAGAUUUGUCAUACAAAGCAGUGCUUUUACCAUGAAUACGUUGUCUUUUUUUUAACAGUAUUUUAAAUUGUAAACAAAGAUGCAAUGCAUCAUGGGCUGUGGAAAAGUGGCUGUAAGUGAAACACAUUAAACUCCUUGUCUAUGCAGUA